AUGGCAACGAUGACGUCGAAACUCCACAGCUCCGUAGCUUCAGCUCACCGUUUCGACGAGGCAGCGCUCCUUCGUUAUGCCGUGUCCAAUGUGGAGGGCUUUCCCGGCGCGCCCAACCGCCUUGUCGUCUCACAAUUUGGCCAUGGCCAGUCCAACCCCACCUUCCUCCUCGAAGUUUCACAUGACACCGGAGAUUCCACCAGAGCACUUUCCAAGCGCUAUGUGCUCAGGAAGAAGCCUCCAGGCGUGCUUCUCGAGUCGGCCCAUGCCGUGGAGAGGGAAUUCCAGGUUCUCAAGGCUUUGGGUGAUCAUACCGAUGUUCCAGUUCCCAAGGCUUUCUGUUUGUGCAAUGAUCCCAGCGUAAUUGGAACGUCCUUUUACAUUAUGGAGUAUUUAGAAGGACGGAUUUUUGUGGACAACAAGCUACCAGGAGUGGCCUCUGAUACUCGAAAGGCUAUAUAUCGAGCUUCUGCCAAAGCUUUGGCUUCUUUGCAUAGCGUUAAUGUGGAUGCUAUUGGCCUAGAGAGAUUUGGCCGGAGGGAAAAUUAUUGCAGAAGACAGGUAGAAAGGUGGGAAAGGCAAUAUCUAUCUUCAACUGGGGAAGGAAAACCUUAUCGGAAUCCUAAAAUGCUAGAAUUGGCCAGUUGGCUAAAGAAACAUGUACCGUUUGAAGAUUCCUCUAGAACAGCCGCCACUGGUUUGGUUCAUGGGGACUUUCGGAUUGACAAUCUGGUCUUUCAUCCAGUAGAGGAUCGAGUAAUUGGAAUUCUUGAUUGGGAACUAUCAACACUAGGGAACCAAAUGUGUGACGUUGCAUAUAGUAGUUUGCCUUAUGUAGUGGACAUAAAUUCAUCUGAAGAUGGUUUACAUGGAGGGUUUGAACUUACUGGGAGACCUGAAGGCAUUCCAUCUCUCCCCGAUUAUAUUGCUGAGUACUGUUUUGCAUCUGGAAAGCCUUGGCCGGCUUCUGAGUGGAAGUUUUAUCUUGCAUUUUCGUUGUUCCGUGGUUCCUCAAUAUAUGCUGGAGUGUAUCACAGAUGGACACUGGGUAAUGCCUCAGGUGGCGAGCGUGCUCAACUUAGUGGAAAGCUGGCUAAUAUCUUGAUUGAUACUGCCUGGAUGGUCAUCAAUACACAGUCUUUGCUUCCCAACAAACCUCCAUUUGGUCAUGAAAUAUCAAGAGAUGACCCUGAAAAGCUGCUCCCAAAAGAGCAACAAGGCAAAUUUGUUCCAAGUCAAAGGGUUCUACAUCUGAAAAGAAAAUUACUAAACUUCAUGGAAAAUCAUAUAUAUCCAAUGGAAAAAGAGUUUUCUGAACUGGCACAAUCAAGUUUGCGUUGGACAAUACAUCCUGAAGAAUCGCGGCUUAAAGAACUGGCAAAGAAAGAAGGCUUAUGGAAUUUGUUUAUUCCUUUAGAUAGUGCUGCUAGAGCAAGGAAACUACUAUUUGCUGGAAAUGAUUAUAAUGCUUUCGGGGUUGACAGCAACAUGCUCGGUGCAGGUCUUUCCAAUCUCGAGUAUGGAUAUUUGUGUGAGAUUAUGGGCCAUUCUGUCUGGGCGCCACAAAUUUUUAAUUGCGCUGCUCCUGACACUGGGAACAUGGAGGUACUAUUGCGAUAUGGAACUAAGGAUCAACAGAAAGAGUGGCUUAUUCCUCUUCUAGAAGGAAGAAUACGAUCCGGAUUUGCUAUGACUGAACCAAAAGUUGCAUCCUCGGAUGCAACCAACAUUGAAUGUUCUAUAAAUAGACGUGGAGAUUCAUACAUCAUAAAUGGAAGGAAGUGGUGGACAAGUGGAGCAAUGGACCCGAGAUGCAAACUUUUGAUAGUGAUGGGGAAAACAGACUUCACUGCUGCCAAGCAUGAGCAGCAAUCAAUGAUUUUAGUAGACAUCGACACCCCUGGAGUUCGUGUAGAGAGACCAUUGAUGGUAUUUGGUUUUGAUGAUGCUCCUCAUGGGCAUGCAGAAGUAUCUUUUGAGAAUGUAGAGGUGCCAGUUGAGAAUAUCCUGUUAGGAGAAGGUAGAGGAUUCGAGAUAGCUCAGGGUAGGCUUGGUCCUGGUAGGUUACAUCACUGCAUGAGACUAAUAGGCGCUGCAGAACGAGGCAUGCAGCUGAUGGUGGAAAGAGCUCUUAAAAGGAGAGCAUUUGGAAAAAGAAUUGCUGAACAUGGUUCAUUUUUGUCCGAUCUUGCCAAGUGCAGGAUAGAACUAGAACAGACAAGACUCCUGGUUCUUGAAGCUGCUGAUCAACUUGAUAGAUAUGGGAACAAGAAAGCUAGGGGAAUACUUGCCAUGGCCAAGGUUGCAGCUCCAAACAUGGCUCUCAGAGUACUUGACAUGGCCAUGCAAGUUCAUGGAGCUGCUGGAUUGUCCUCUGAUACUGUUCUUUCUCAUUUGUGGGCUACUGCAAGAACCCUAAGGAUUGCUGAUGGCCCUGAUGAAGUUCAUCUGGGAACAAUAGCCAAGCUGGAAAUUCAAAGAGCUAAGUUAUAGGAAUUUCACAUGUCAAAGAAGUUCUUUCAAUGGAGUUAUUCCUAUUCAUCUGGAAAUAAAUGACAUCUCAAUGAGUUUUGUUUUAAUAAAAAAUAUUACUAGAUCAAGAGAUCUUUAUGUGCGCUUACUGUUACUGAGAGAUUGCUGAGUGCCACUUCAACAAUAUGCGCAUCUCGUUUGAAACCUGAAGAACUCUUAUUCUGUCUGUACUAUUUUAUUUUUUUUACUGUUUGCUCAUCGGCUGUAA